GGUAAAUAACUAGUUUUAAUUAGCGAUGGAUCGCAAUAAACCUCCCGAUCCCGAUCCUCCCGACAUCUCUGCAUACGCUCCUCUUUCCCCUAACUACCCAUUAUCCCAAUUCGCCGAUGUUGCUUGCAGCAUCGCGGAUUCCCAGAACUUAUCUGCCUCGAAUGCCAGGAAACGCUCCGGAGAUGAUGCAAACAUUGUCGUGUCAACCCCACCACCGAAACAACAAAGGAAUUUAGUUGGCCGCAGCAGAUGUGACAGAUCUGAUGGCUAUGGAGGGUCGGCUCUCCUCGUUAAUAAUCGUGUUCCACUGUCGACCUUGGCACUUUCUGCUCUGGAUGGUGAUAUGAAUAUAGUCGCAGGUAGAGUAGAAGGUAUCACAGUUUUAUCUGUCUAUAUCUCCCACCCACAGCACAGGUUCUUAGCUACUAUUAGAGAUAUUCUGAACAACAUUGUAGGACCCGUGCUUGUCAUGGGUGAUUUUAACUGUCACCAUUUUAGAUGGGGUUCCAAUCGCUGUGAUUCCUUUGGGGAAGGUUUGGUAGAAAUCUUAGAUGACCUUGACCUUUGCAUCCUAAAUGAUGGUAGUCCUACUCGUAGAUCCCUUCCCGGACAGCAAAAGAGUUGUGUAGAUCUCACAUUCUGUUCCGUAGAGUUGGCGGCAUUCUCGGCGGCUUCUUCACAAGAAGAAACGUCGAGGUUGGGUUAA